GGGCGAGGAAGCAUGAGAUAUGAUCUGGUUGUAUCAGUGGUGAUAGCCAUUUUAAUGGGCUUUGUUAUGUUCUGUAUGGGUUGCACUAUUGAGAUGAAGAAGCUGUGUGGCCACAUCAAGAGACCUUGGGGGAUUGCUGUGGGAAUGAUGUGCCAAUUUGGGCUGAUGCCUCUGACAGCCUAUAUUUUGGCUAUUAACCUUUCUGUGGAAUCCAUCGAAACAGUUGCCAUCUUUAUCGUUGGCUGUUGUCCUGGAGGGUCAUUGUCCAACAUUGUCAGUUACUGGGUUGAUGGAGAUAUGGAUCUCAGCAUCAGCAUGACAGCCUUGUCUAAUAUAGCCGGACUAGGAAUGAUGCCUCUUUGCCUCUAUAUCUACACACAUUCCUGGGAAUUUGUAGAUGGCAUUACAGUUCCAUACCAGACCAUAGGGACAGCUCUUCUCAGCUUCAUUAUACCCAUUGCUUGUGGGAUUUUUGUGAAGUAUAGAUGGCCCAGGCAAUCCCAGAUCAUUCUCAAGGUUGGAAGCAUCAUUGGAGGAUUCAUCUGGAUAGCGCCUGCACUAGUCCAGAUACUGUUGUUCGAAGGUUCAUGGAAUAUGGACCACUCUUUUCUGAUAGCUGCAGCAGUCAUCCCAGUGACUGGCUACCUUGGUGGCUUUCUACUGGCUUUGCUCACCUGCCAGUCUUGGCAAAGGUGUCGAACAAUUUCCGUGGAGACAGGAACUCAGAACUUGCAGUUGUUCAUUGCUGUGUUUCAGUUAUCUUUCAGCUUUCAGCAUUUCAUCCAAGCAUAUCCGUUCAUGAUGAUCUAUAGUGCUUUUCAGGUGCUAAAUGUGUUGCUUAUGGUUUCUGGUUACCAGAUUUAUAAAACAUGUCUGAGGAAAGCACCAGCAGAAGAAAGUCCAUCUGAUCCUCAGGUUAAAAUGUCAGACAAUUCGGGUGGUGCGAUCAACUUGGGAUUGGAAAAGGAAAAAGAACACACAGUAAAUUUCAAGAUGGAAAACAGUUUCAAAGCUGUUCAUUUUCAACAGACAGCUAUGUAG